AUGUCGUUCGCCGGCGAAUCUGUCAUUGCUAACGGUCUGCUGCUGCUGCCGCCGCCUGUGUCGUCGGCCGCGAUAUACUCCUCCACCGGCAGCUGGUAUCACCUGCUCGUGGUCCAAGGUUACUCCUGCAUCAAAGACACACCCCCUGGGAAGUGCAUCACUGGUUGCUGUUUUAGAGCUGGAGCCUAUGAAUGGACUAUAGGGCUCUAUCCCAACGGUUAUCUCCAGGCUCCAGGUUUCAUGUCCGUUUUUCUUUUUCUUCAACGGGGACAGGAUGUUGCACAGCCUGUGAAAGCGCAUCUGCACUUCAGUUUCGUUGACGAGGUUGACCAACAAGAGCCUGCACGCAUCCGUGCACAACAAGCAGACGAGUUCCAUCGCAGUGGCCUAGGUCAUGGUUGCUAUACUUUCAUAAAAGUAGAGGACCUUGAGCAGUCAAAGCAUUUCAAGGAUGACUCGUUCACCAUCAGAUGCGAUUUUGUCAUCCCGCAAGCUGCUGCUAACUUCAUCGAGGUACAACCAUCCAACAUAUGCGAGCAGCUGAACCAUCUCCUUGCUACAAAGGUCGGUGCUGAUGUGACAUUCGAGGUUGGCAGCGAGACGUUUGCCGCUCACCGGUGCGUGCUUGCGUCUUGUUCUGCAGUCUUUAUGGCGGAGCUCUUUGGUCCCAUGAAGGAAGGGACUACUACGGCUGGUGCCAUACAGAUACAAGACAUGGAGGCAAAUGUGUUCAAGGCCUUGCUUGGUUUCAUCUACACUGACUCGAUGCCCAAGAUGGAGGUUGAAGCACCAGAAGCUGGAUCUGACGUUGCGUGGCUGCAGCACUUGCUUGUUGCUGCAGACAGGUAUGAUCUCCAGCGGCUCAGGUCGAUGUGUGAAAAGAGGUUGUCGGAGCACAUAGACAUGAGCUCGGUCACAACCAUACUAUGUCUAGCUGUACAGGCGUACAGCACCAUUCGUGCGGACUGA